GUGCUCACAGAGAAACCAUCUCCACCACAAGCAAACUCUCAGACACUUGUUCUCCACUAAUCUCAAGUCAAUAAUAAUCACAAUCACUAAUUGCUUCUCAUCAACAACAUUGUCUGGCUUCUGUGAUUCGAGCAGCUGAGCCAUGGCUUCACUCUCAGUCUCUGCCUCCUCGACGAUCAUCGACUCAAGAGCUCCUCCUCCUUCUUCUCGACAAGCCUCCUCCUCUUCUCCUUCUUGUAUCUCCCUUCCCACGCUUCCUCCUCAGCCGGCUCAGUCUCAGACACGCGCCGCGAAAGCCACUGCUUACUGUCGGAAGAUUGUCAGGAACGUUUUGACGAGAGCUGCGGAUGUUGAAGUUGCUGCCACUACUCAAGUUGAAGCUCCUGCCACCAAUACCGAAGCUGCGAGUACAGAGUUACCUGAUAUUGUCAAAACCGUUCAAGAAGCUUGGGACAAAGUGGAGGAUAAGUAUGCAGUUAGUUCUCUCGCAGUUUCUGGUUUUGUGGCUCUUUGGGGAACUGCUGGUGUGAUCUCGGCAAUCGACAGGCUUCCGUUGGUUCCUGGUGUUCUUGAAGUUGUUGGUAUUGGUUACACAGGGUGGUUUGCUUACAAGAACCUGAUAUUCAAGCCAGACAGGGAGACUCUAAUUCAGAAGGUGAAGGACACGUACAGAGACAUAAUAGGGAGCAACUGAACCAGGGGAUGAAGAAGAAGAAGAGCCUUUUAGAGGGGCCAUUCAUGAAUUGAAUGAAUCUAACACAGCCCACAUCCUUCAUUCAAUCUUCCCUUCUCGUAACUAAAUAAUUAUACAUCCUCUUUGUCUCGGGUGUCGUUUUAGCUCAAAAUAUAUCAUACAUCCAUCUAUGUCAGUGUUGUAAAUUCCUCAAGACUAUAUAUAUGAGAGAUGUUUGUUACAUUCUUACAAAGGUU